AUGCGGCGCUCGGGCGAGUCACUGACCUGCGUGUGGCUCGUGCGGCUCGUGCGGGUUGUGUAUGAUGCGGAUGCGGCGCUCGGGCGGGCCGCCGGGAUCGGGCAGGCGCGCGGCCGCGCUAAGCGCCUCGCGCGCGCUGCGCGGGAAGUACAGCGCGGCCAGCGCGCUCAGCGGCGACAGUUCCACGCCGCCGCCGCACACCACCACCAGCUGCGGCAGCGCGCUCUGCUCCAGGUGCCGCCGGAUCGUGCCUGCGCAACAGCAACCCGUUAA